ACAUAACAUCUUUCAGGCUUAGUGGAGUUUGAUUAGGAAUUUACAGGUAUAUUUUCGUUUGGGUUCCCGCUGAAAUGGGGCGGUGUUUCUUUGUUUUCUGCUUUUACGCCGGGUUAUUACCCGUAUUGAUCCCUGCCGAGACAGGCGGCUGGGACACCCUGGAAGAGCAGGACCGGUCUGACUUGCAAUGGCCGCGCGACGAACCGGAGAAAUACCGCCGUGUCCGACCCGACGCGGGAAAUGCAAGCAGGCUCUUGCUUCGAAAGUACUAUAGCCUUCCAAUGUCCAGAGACGUUCAGUUUCCCGCGGUGGUCAAGGAGACGUUCAAGCCUUCCACUGAUAGACGGCCCCUGCCGCAGCACGUCAGGAAAAUCCUCCUUCCUCACGUAUACUGGCGAAAACCGAAACCCGCAAGACCCGACAGGCGCUCGGGGGUGCUGGUGCUGUGUGGCUACAGCGAGAUCUAUGUGAGAAUCCCUCGAAGUGUGCACGGUUUCGCCUGCAAGCCGUCGGAGUUGACCCUGGGGAACUGCAAAGUCAGCAAAACUACACGCGGGUACUUCUAUUUCAAAUACAGCCUCCACGAAUGCGGAAGCGAGUGGUCGGUCAUUCGUGGCCAGCUGGUGUACUCGAACACACUGCGGUAUACCCCAUCUGUGCCCCAGGGUCCUGUUAUCCGAGCCAUUCCCUUCACUGUACCCAUCCAGUGCCGCUAUAACAGAUUCUACUACUCCUACAAGAUUGGUUAUGUUCCUGUACAAGCCCCGAGACAAACAUUCUUCAAGGACCUUAAGAACAAGCAUAAUUUUGUUCUUGCUACCACCAAUGCUGUCUGGAACAGAAUCACUCCAAAGGAUAAGUACUACCUGGGCCAGCCCAUGAACUUCCAGGCUACGGCUUAUUUUGCCACUAGUGGACAGAGGCUCUUCAUUCAAUCCUGCUAUGCAACUGUAACCCCAAACCACCAUUCGCACCCUCGGUUUACUGUGAUUGAUAACUUUGGGUGUAUGGUUGAUAGCAAGUCUGAUGGCUGUCAGUCCAGGUUUAUUCCACACGAGAGGAAAGAUGUCCUCAGGUUCACCAUUGAUGCCUUCGUGUUCCAGAAAAAGCUGUCCAAGGAGCAUAUGGAGACAGAGCUGUACAUGCACUGCACCAUGGUUGUGGCAAAAGCUGAAGUCACACCUGGCACCAAGGCUUGUACCUAUAAUAGGGAGGCUGGAAGGUGGGAAGAACUUUAUGGGAACCAUGAAGUUUGCAAGUGCUGUGACUCGGUGUGUGUUGGGGGCUCGCAUGCAGGCCCCAGGAGCCUGGUAACCAGUGAUGUGCUCACCCUUGACCUGCGGGGAGAUGAAGGUGGUCGGCUGACCACAACAGCACCUCUAACCAUUCCUGGGGGAGAGGAGUGGGGCCACCUGGAGUCAAAGCAGGAGCCUGGUGUCUGGGAAGAUGUGGGACUACAGAAUGAUGCCGGAGAGAACCCGUGGAGCAUGGAUGAAGAGAGGCCUGGCCUGAUCGUAGAGGAAGAGUUUAAUCAAAUCAAGGAUGACAACAUAGCUUUUUGAGGAGCAGUCUACUACAGCCUGGCCCUCCAGAAGGGUUCCUGUUGGCCAACAUUCUGUAAAUUGAUAUGCAAAUAAAAAGAGAACAUGA